UUCACACACACACACACACACACAUUUACUCCUCAGUACACGACUAUAUUAGAGAUUUGAAUGAUGGAUAUUUUAACGGAGCACGACGUCCAAAAGUACCGUGACGAUGGCUAUCUUUUGCUGGAAGGGUUUUUCAGCCACGAGGAAUGUGACAUGCUGCGGCAACGCAUGAGUGAAAUUGUGGAGAGAAUGGACGUUCCAGCACACUGUCGCACUCAGUUCUCCACUGAUCAUGAUGAGCAGCUAAAGAGCCAGGGAAAUGCAGAUUACUUCAUCACGAGUGGAGACAAAAUCCGAUUUUUCUUUGAAAAAGGAGUUUUUGAUGAUAAAGGAGAGUUUAUCAUCCCAAGAGAACGUUCACUGAACAAAAUUGGACAUGCUCUCCAUGCUCACGAGCCUCUGUUUAAAUCUGUCACUCACUCACCUAAAGUCCAGACGUUGGCUAAACAGUUGGGUCUGAUAAGUCCAGUUGUUUUGCAGAGCAUGUACAUUUUUAAGCAACCAGGCAUUGGUGGAAAAGUGACUCCACAUCAGGAUGCGACGUUUCUGUACACAGAGCCCCUGGGUAAGGUGAUGGGGGGGUGGAUUGCACUGGAAGAUGCAACUCUUGAUAACGGCUGCCUUUGGUUUAUACCCGGCUCACACAAGAAUGGAAUCAGCAGGCGGAUGGUCCGGACCCCUAUAGGCACGUUCCCUUUGACUGACUUCACUGGCCGAGAGCAGAAUUAUGAUGAAGCUCUGUUUGUACCGGCGGUUGUCAAAAAAGGCGGCAUGGUUCUGAUCCACGGUGAAGUGGUCCACCGCAGUGCCGAGAACACGUCAGAUGCCUCACGUCACGUGUACGCGUUCCACAUCAUGGAGUCCGAGAACGCGCGCUGGAGCCCUGAGAACUGGCUUCAGCCAACGGAUGAUCUUCCCUUCCCAUCACUCUACACCUAAAACUACAAAUACAUCCAGCUUCAUUUAAACCUGCUUAAUCAUACACCGAUCAGCCAUAACAUUCAAACCACCUCCUUGUUUCUACACUCACUGUCCAUUUUAUCAG